AUGAAUGAAUUGUUGAACAAAGAAAGUGAAGAAAAUAAUAAAGGCGAAGGUAAAGAAAAUGUUGAAGUUGAAGAAAACAAUGAAAGUAAAAGUGAAGUUGUAUUUUCAAGAAGUGAAUCAGAUUUUGAUGAUGAGCUCAGUGCUGAAAAUGUAACAGAUAAUGAAAUAUUGGAUAUAGAUUUAAUAGAUAUUGAUGAA